ACGACAGCUACCUCACGCUUGUUUGUUUACGAUUAGUUCUUUUCGAUCAGCAAAAGCUGGAAACUGGUUAAUCCCAGAGUUAAUUGGUGCUCAUAUUUUAGUGAAAUUCUAAUGUUUAAGAAUACAUUUCGUUUGAUAUUCGCGCGUUCUGAGUCAUCCAGACAAGGUAAACAAGAAAAUCUGAUACUGACUUCCAGUGAAAUAUCGAAGGCGUUAGCUUCAUGAAAUCGAACCGUGGAAGCUAACACAAGUGGUACGCAAUUAAGUACCCAGGUGAUCAAUCUGGAGCACGUCCGGAUUUGGGUCGACAAUGACGACGAUGGAUCCGAGGUGCCUUGCCCUGAGCAGGCGGCGGAGAUGGGAUCUCAUGCUGGUGCUGGCAGUGCUGACGUUUACCUUCGGAUUCGUUGCAGCAGAUACCGAAAAAGAUUUCACCCAGGAGUGCAACAAAUGCCGCUGCAGCUGGAAGAGUGGCAAACGUAAUGCCGACUGCACAAACCAAGGGCUGGAAUUCAUACCUGCAGAUCUGAGCUCGGAGCUGCAGGUUCUGGACCUUUCCAACAAUCGAAUCGGAGAAAUUCGAGGCCACGAAUUGAUGCAUGUGCAUCAGCAAAAUUUGCACAAAUUGUAUAUUAAGAAUAGUACGAUCGAAAGUCUCCAUCGAGACGCAUUCCGAAAUUUGACCAUUCUAAUCGAGCUGGACCUUCAAGGAAACAACUUGAAACGGCUCGAUCCGGGACUUUUCGAUGAUCUCAAGAAAAUACGAGUGAUCAAUCUCAAUCAAAAUCAGAUUGAACGAAUCGAAAACAAUCUAUUCCAGAAUUUAAAAUUCCUCACCAAAAUCAAUCUUAGCGAGAAUCGCAUCUACCGAAUAGCGUUACAUAGUUUUACGAACGUUCCAGCGCUCUCUCAAAUCGAGCUGGACUACAACAAGCUGCAGAUCCUGCGGAAAGAAACCUUCGUCAAUUUGGAAAAGCUGACCAGCCUUUCCCUCACGCACAAUCCCUGGAACUGCAGCUGUGCCCUGCGGAACUUUAGCGAAUUCAUAAUGACCAGUCGUUUAUACCGUUCGCCUACGACCUGUGCGGAACCGGCAAUGCUGGCCGACAAAGAGUGGGACAAUAUUCAUUUGGACGAGUUCGCCUGUCGCCCGCAAAUUGUGGAUAACAAAAUAACCUACCCGGGAGAUGGUGAAAAUGCUACCUUCACUUGCAAGGUUUCCGGAACACCACUUCCCAAGGUCGAUUGGUUGUUCCAUAAGAGACCAUUUCCCAAGAACGAUAGGCGCCUCAGCGUUACAUAUGCGGUGCGGACCAAUGGCAAAGACCCCACGGAAAUCCUCGUUUCCGAACUGACCAUCGUGGGUGUGAAGCCCUCGGAUCGGGGCUCGUACGUUUGCAAGGCUACCAAUGCUGGCGGUACCGAGGAAAGUGAGACGUUUUUCGACCUCAAAAAAGAACCGGCCCGGGUCGUUCCCAACCAAACGAACGACAUCCUCUGGAUAGUGCUGUUUAUUGUGCUGGCGAUCCUGGUUAUUCUCAUCGUUGCCAUUGCGGUAUUUUGUUGCUUUUGCCGGGCGCGUCAGUUCAAGAAAAAAGCCUCGGUCAGCGAGAAUGGGCUGAUGAACAGCAAGAUGGACAAAUCGACCGAUGGAUCGUUGCUGGAAGGGGGCUCGGUCAUCAUGGAGAUGCAGAAAAGUUUGCUAACGGAGGUGAAUCCGGUGGAGAAACCGCCGCGCCGCUCCGACAUCGAUGCUACCGAUCGGAGUGUGGACUACGACGAAGGGCACGAGGUGAAGAAGACGCUGCUCGAGGAAACGGGGUUUGCAGCCCCAGAUGAGGAAACGGUUUCGGUUGCUCUGUCCGAUACCACGCCUCGCACCAGGGCGGCCUACGUGGAGGAUGGCUAUGGUACCACGACCCUGCCUCCGGAUUUGCUGGCCUUCCCACCGACCAAUCGCUUUCCGCAAUCACCCUCGAUCCAGAGCUCGAUGUCUAACAUCCACGAUGGACGCAUCUAUGGCACUAAAUCCCCCCUGUCGAGCCCUAUCUAUCAGCAAGGUCCCGGUGGUCAAGUGCCGGCCGGGUUCCGAACACUGCAGCACCCGAAGACCGGGCGAACGAUAGCGAUCGCCACUCAACGGUCGAAUUCUCCCUUCACGCCAGCACCACUCAUCUAUCCGCAGGUGGUUAUGAAGCAAGGCUACAUGACCAUUCCUCGGAAACCCCGAACGCCGAGUUGGACACCGUCGAUCACAUCGACGGCCACGACCACCGAGUUGCUUCCACCGACCAGCCCAACUUCGACCGGAGAAUUGCCGGCCACAAGCGAACCGGUAUACGACAAUCUGGGGGUUCGAACGACUGCAUCCGGCAAUUCCACUCUAAAACUCAACAAAGCGGCCAAAUUGGCGGCGGCAGCCAGUGGAUCCGGAUCAACCGCUGGCAGUGGAGCCAAUUCCACAUACAGUAUGAAGAAUCGACCCCUUCCAGCGACGCCGGGGGGCCAAACGGCAGGUUCCAGUACCGGGAUAGGCAACAGCAACUACGAAUCUAUCCCAGAAGUGGGAGCAGGACAAUCAUCAUCGGCUGCGUUACGAGCAGGACUUGAGUCGAUUUAUGGGCGGACACCGGGAGCAGCCUCGACGACACCCGGUAGCAGUAAUAGUAGCAGGAGUAAGGUUCCCCCACGACCGCCACCGAAACCUAAAAAGAAAACGAAUCUAACGACGAUGCCGGCGAGUGGUGGUCCCAUGUCCGAUGCCCUCGGAGACAUUUUGUUGAGUCCUAGCCCUAGCGGGAUGGCCAGUACUAGUAGUACCAGUCCGCUGUUCGCGGACGAGGGCGAGGACGGAACGGAAGUCUAGCCGCUGUUCCGAACUUCCCGUCAGCCGAUGCUACCGGUCAUAAUGCAGCUUGGUGGGAAGUGGUGCACAACAACAAUAAACAACAAUGACGACGAAUGUUCCGUGUUGGCCUAAACGGGAAUCAGAAGUUGCUGGCUCCGGGAGGCCAGCCCGUUAGUGUGAGUAGCUUUUAAUGAAAACUCUUAUACAUACACAACAAUUAUAUUCGAAAGUAUAUUUGGUGAAAUAGUCAAUAGUUAUUUUUUCUACUCUAUUUGAACGUACACAACUAGUUGAAUAGUGAACAAAAAAAAAUGCGUGAGCGAUUUCGAGAGCGAUUCAAAGUGAAAGUUAAUGUAAAUUGCGUGCUAGCUCAUCGAAUGAGAGACGACGUAUCUAUAAUAGCAUUACGAAGAAGAAAAAGGUACUAUUAAAAUAUGUUUUAUAAGAAAAGACAAAAGUCAAAAUACACAAAAAAAAAUCGUGCUAAGAUAAAAUACGAGACGGAUCAAAAUCAAACAUUUGGACAAUUAGGCUAAUUCCAUUACGUUUUAAGGUGUAGGCUAUUCCAAAAAAAAAAACAAACCCCUGGAACGAAAAGAAAUGAAGUGAUCGAAUUAAUAGCUAUAUACAAAUUAUACUAUAUUUAUUUAUUACUGAGCUCAGUGGAUCCUCUGGAGUAGGUAGAAUUUUUCUUCUUCUUCAAACUCGGUAGCGGCAGAAAUCUCACUGGAAGCAUUCUCCGGUAAGAGAGAAAAAAGGACGUCAGGGUACAGAAAAAAUAAAUAAAAACUUUCAUUAAUCAUCUCGGAAUUACACGAUAUUCCAACAGCUGGAAUUGAAAAACUACAUUAAAAUGUAUUUUUUUCAUUGAAUAUGCUGGCGCGUUCCAUUCCAAGCUCCUGCUCUAUGUCCAGCAGCGUAUCCGCCGGGGAAUACAAAUUAUUCCAACCGAGCGUGGUCCCCGUCGUCUUCUUCCGACCAUUGCAUUGUGCUCCGACGGAACCCGAAAGAAAGUUUUCCCCAUUACUCAUUAUUUUAAUUUUCACCAGAUUAUUUUUCCGAGUCGGUAUGCUGAAAUGCUGUCUGGUCUGAGGUCUAUUUUCAUCAGAGUGUAUCGUCUGGAGCCGCGCUGGCUCGAUUGUUAAAUUUACAAACAAAUUAGGAAAAUGUUUCCCACCCAGUAGUGGAUAUGAUUAGGUCUGUCCAGUGGCUUAGCCGAUUUUGUCAGCGCUACGAAAACACCUUAUGAAGAGUGGAAAAUGUAUAUUUUUUUCAACAUGCUUUGUAAAACACAGAUUUUAGCUCAACCCAAAGAAUGUGAAAUGGUAGAAAACAAAAUCAUAUUUAAUUAAUUUUCAACUAACUCGCUCUACCAGAAUGGAGUCAACACAAAUGCCAAUACAGCACACACCGAGCCAACAAGCGAAAAACCCUUUUGCUGAUGCAAAUUACGGUUGCUCCACAAGCAUGGAGCGAAUGCUGAACUUCUCACUCUCUGUCGGCGUCAUCGUCGGAUGAUAAGCGCUGUCGUGAUUUCAUAUAUUUACCGAAAAUUAUCAUUAUCGUUUCCAUACAGAGAGCGCAGGAUGGUUGGCAAAGUAGUAAACAGAAUCAAUUUGUGUCGGGCACUUUCCCACUUGGUUCGCGGUUGUUGUUCGAGCCAUGCAGAGAUCCAUUCGGUUGGGCAAGUUUGGGUGCAAAUUUUCGGGAAAGGUGUCCCUGUGUCCAUGAAUAUUUGCAUCUGUUUUAUUUAGUUUGUUUAUUUAUUUAUCGCCCUUACUUGUUUGCAUUACUUCUCAACAAUCUGUCAAAAAGUUUAGUCACAAACAACUAUUUGACUAAGUCCAAAGGAACGUGGCUGCAUUUAUGGCACGUCAACAGAAGAAAUUUAUUAGUAUAGGUAGGUAUAGGUAUGUUAUUUUACCGCAACAGUUUUCUCUCACAUUAUUAUCCAUCCAUGGGUGCAGAGGAUUGUCCAAUGAUGUGUUGAUAAGGAUAAACCUAUACUUACUUGAUUUAUUUGAUUUUUAUUAAAUUUUGAAUUCUUGUCAGCAAACCUAUCAAUUACCUGGAUGCUAAGAUUCACUUAUAAUCAGGAGAUCAAAAGGAUUACUGGGGUUUUUUUUUAUUUUAAUCAUGUAGGUAGUUAGAUUACUUUUCACUUAUAAUUUUUCAAUUCGUUGGGCUGCUAUGUUUUGGAAGAACCAAAUCAGUCGUAAAAUGCAGAUAGUUUCGAAAAUGGUACCUUCGGUACGGCCGAAGGUUUUCGCAUAGGUACUCAAUGCUUAUUAUCUGAUGGUUUGGUUCUAAAGUCUAUAUGAAUAUUUUUCUUAUACCCUCAGAAAGCUUUUUUUCGCUCUGGGGUCAAGAAGUUGACCGAGUUAGGGGGGGAAGCAAACAUCAAAAAUCCAUGUUCUGACAGCUAACCAAAUUAGGCCAUCAUCAUUUCAAUCCGUAAUAUUUGCCCCGUUCCUUUUCAAGUUUCUGAAACCGGGGCUGUUUUUGCUGAUGGAUGUCUACUCCCAAAGGGUGUUGAAGAAAAAAAAACUCGCUACCCUCUCCAGGAUCCAAAUCGAGAACCGCUCGUUUCUCAAAGUUUAUUCUUGUUUAUUCUGGUAAUGAACGUGGACCGAACAGUGAGUCGUUGGGCAAGGCAAGGAAAACCUGAACUUUUGGUUGUCCCGUCCUUUUCCCCAAGUUUUGUGUUGUUCUACUAGUGGGUAUGUUUAUAUACCCAUGUGAAAAAAAAAAUGAGAAAAUCAGCGCACAACAGAAAACUGUUCUCUCAUUUUUCGCUGAGGACGGGAAAAGCAAAUUUUCGGGUGAAAAGCAUGGCGCUUAGCAGAAAAAAAGAAGUUGGUCAAUCGUCUUGGCGGCAUUAACGGGAAAAUGAGCCAGCAGUUGUUAGGCAGCAACGAGAUUACGAAGAUAAGAAAAAGGAACAAAAACAACGUAGUCAGCCACGGCUGAGAAAAUAAGAUGAGAACAAGAAAUUAUAAGAGUGCCAAUUGACUGAAGUAAAUACAACAGAAGACAAAAAAAGAACAGAAAAAAACUGUAAAAGAGUAGGAAAAUUAUAUAUAUGAAAUGAUUAAAAAUUAAUGAACCGAAGCGUGUGCAAAUGAAAAAUCGCAGAAAACAAGAGCAUGUCAGUGUACUGAACGAUUAUUAGGUGUGAGUGGAAAAAGAAACAGCUUGGAUGGAACAACAAAAAACAACAUUGUAGCUGAGGAACAUGCAAACAGUUACACUUACACAUGGAAGAAAAAAAAUUAUUGAAGGAAAAAAUAAAUCAACCAUCGAAGUGGGUGGGUGGGUGGCUCGGUGAAAAUUGCAACAUUAUAAUUAAGCAUUUUUCUUUCAUCUCUCAUUGCGGACCACUGGACCCUCGCCAUUCAAAAAGGAAACAAAUAAUUAGUGCCCGGGCCAAUUGUGUUGCGGAUUAGAGCUUAUUAUUGGUUGUACCGUUUCCGCUUUUGACCUAUGCCGAGGGUGGGGGAAGAUCGGCGGAAUGGAAUUUGAAAAUAUAGUUUCUAAUUAGCCCAUGUGAUGCUAGGAUUGCAACGUUUCAAUGUAAAAUUUUCUUUUGAGAAGAUAAUAAUGAGCCGGCUCAGCAUUGGAAGUCAUUAUUGACUAUUGUUCAUUCCAAGUAGGAAAACUGGCCUUCAACUGAGUCAGUAGCAGUCAAUCUAAAAAACACCAUUUUGACACACCUCGAAAAUAUUGAAGAAUUACAGAGCUUAUUUCGGAAAAUAUAAACACAGUCGUCCGGGAAUAUUACGGACAUUCAGUAAAAACGAGCGAGAGUUAAGUAUCAAACAUAUGUUCAUUAAAGACAAAUAAAUAUAUGGAAAAAAUAACGGACAAUUUGAAAACAUUGAAUAAUUACCGAGAUUCGUUCGGUAAAGAUAAACACAGUUGCUCGGGUAUAUUUCCGAACAUUCAGUAAAAACUAUCGAGAGUUCAGUAAAAAUUACCGAACGUUCGGAAAUAAUCCAAUGUACUGUAAAAAAAAACUCACAAAUAUAUGGAAAAAACGAUCAUUUUACUUUUGAAGUUUUUACAGGUUGUUCGGUUACUAUUAAAAUUUUUUCGGUAGUUUAUUGCCGAAGUUGUUUUGAUUUUUACAAUCAAAAUAUUUGAAAAAACUGCUCGGAUUCAACCGAAAUUUUGUCAAAACAUCCAAGAUUUUUUGUGUCAAAAUUGACAGUCGUUCAGUAAUUUUUUAACGAAUAGUGGACUAAACAAUUUUUCAAACAAGCUUAUUUCCACAGGAACAACCGUCAUUUUAUGCUAAAAAUUUCGCAAUUGUUAUAAGAAAUUUUGCAAAACUUUCGAAACAGUCUUAUAAGUUUUUCUAUGUAACGAAGGCAUUUUAUUAGAUUUUGUCUGUAAAUAAUUAUAACAAAGUUUCAAAUAAUUUUUAAGCUAUUUUCAUCGUUUAACCUGAAGAUUUCGGCAAUAUGUUCGUUCCCCAACAACCAAAAGUCGCAAUUUUACUUAAAAAUGGAACUCCGAAGUUCACAUUUGGCUGAAAAAUGUUUUACGGGAACUUCAGGUGACUCUUGUCGCGUAAAAAUUACUCAGGAAAUUCCAUGGAGCUUCUUUCAAGAAGGUCGAUAAUGUUCGCGUAACAUUCUAAAACGCACCAUUAAGAUACUUGAAGGUGUUUUAAAGAAACUAUUUGGGAAUUCUAAGCGACAUGUCAAAAAUGUCUGUCAAUUUCUUGUUAUGGUAUUGUUUUUGUUUAUUUCUGUACUGAUAUUUACAAAUGGAAUUCUAGAUUUUUUCGAAUUCUUCUUAUAAAUGUUAACAUAUUCGAAUAAAUUUUUGAUGAUGCUUAUUUAUGUUAUUAUUCAUACUGUGUACUGAAAGUCUUUUAAACGAAAUAAGGUACAAUCUAUUGACCAACCCAUUCAAUCAUCUCAAAUGACAUUAAAUUUGAAUACUAAUUAUAAAAGUGGCAAUGAAUUAUUGCCGGAUUGGUCGAGAGGCUGGUGAGUUUCAUUGCAACCUAGAGAGCAGCAGUUCAAUUCUCUAGGCGUAAGCAGCUUUUGUAAUCAAAACAAUAUAAAUAAAAUCAAUGAGAUAGACCAUGAUAGACCGGCAACCUAGCAAUCUGACAUCUGGUUGUCAGAGCAAUCUGUCAAUCGGAUUUUUUUUUUCGGCACGUAGAAGUUUCUUGACAUUCUCUUAGAAGCUGAAUAGCGUUCUCUACAGCCACCUAAACGAACUUGAAAGUAGCUUUAAGAACUUAAAUUUUGGGCUGAUUAGCAUUCUCUUCUCGGAUAUAAUAGAUCAUUUCUCCGCAAAGAAAUAACAUACAACAAAAGUAAAAAUGUCAUUUUGUAGGGUUUUUAUUGCACUUUAAGGAAAAACAUACAUAAAAAUCAGCUUUUCGGAUGAAUUUUCGAACUUUUUUUGUGAUACCACUCAUUAUGUUCUGCACAGUACUGCUGGUAACCUCAUUCGACAUCUUGUUCCAUCACUUUUCCAUUCGAGCGGGUUUUUUUCAUGGUUUUGCAACAUUUCUUCAGUUUGCCCUUAACUAUUGCCCAAUAUUUCUCGAUGGGACGAAAAUCCGGACAGUUUGGUGGAUUGAUACUUUUUUCAACAAAAUCGAUCUUGUUCUCCUUAUAUCACUUAUCGACAUCCCGGCUGUAGUGGCAGCUUGCAAGGUCCAGCCAGAACUUCACCGGACCUUUGUGGGAACGAAUGAAUGGCAAAACCCUCUUCUGGAGGCAUUCUUCUUUGUAAACAUUUCCAUUCAUUGUGUCCCCAGUGAUGAAAAUCUUAGUCUUCUUCCCACAACUACAGAUCCCUUGCCAAAUCAUCAACCUAAGAGCAGAUUUAUCUGCGAAAACAAACUUGAAUCUUCCCGCAACAUUCCCUUUACCUUCGCAAGGUAAAAUUUGUUACCGGGUAUUUGUCCUAAAUCCAUUUUGACAUAAGUUUCGUCGUCCAUCAAAUUGCAUCCGUUGUACUUGGUCAACACUUUCUCGUACAACUUCCUUGCCCUGGUUUUGGCAACCAGGUUUUGUUUCAGCGUCCUGUUGGGAUGUUUGCUUGCAUGAUACGACCGCAAGCCUUUUCGCAAACUUUUUCGUCAAAUCACUCAAGGAGAUUCCAGGAUUAUUAUGAACUGAUCGAAUUACCUUUGCUAGCAGCUUCCGGCCAUAUGUUCCACUUUUACGCCUGGUAAGUUUUGCUCGAUCCACCGCGUACGGGUCUCCCGGUAACGUUGCAGCACCGAAUUGACAGUCGAUUUGGGAUAUUUCAGGAAUUUCGGGGAAAGGAAAUAACUUUUGACUGACUGCUUCAAUCUUGAUGAAAUUUUCACCAUGAUACGACCGCAAGCCUUCUCGCAAACAAAUUCGUCGAGCUGUACUGUGGUUCGUCUUGAACUUUUUCGCCAAAUCACUCAAGGAGAUUCCAGGAUUAUUGUGGACUGAUCGAAUUACCUUUGCUAGCAGCUUCCGGCCAUAUGUUCAACUUUUACGCUUGGUUUGGUUUGCUCGAUCCACCGUAAGGGUCUCCCGGUAACGUUGCAGCACCGAAUUUACAGUUGAUUUAGGAUAUUCCAACGUAGAUAACUUUUGACUGACUGCUUCAAUCUUGAUGAAAUUUUCACCACUAAGUAAACAAACCAUCCGGAUCAAAACACUGUCAAUAGAUUCGCGAUGUGACAACUAGGGGCGCUGCAGUAAAUGAAAAGAUGCGACCAGAUUCUAUGUGAAACAGACUUUAGUUACUGCGAAAUGGAAAUCUUAGGUUUACAUUUGUUCCUAAUGUAACGAAGAAGUGGCGUAAGAAUGGCGCAUUUUAUACACUACAUUUUCCUUAAAGGAAGCGUCGUCUGCUAAGCACUUCCAAACGAACUAAUAAGUCCCACCAAGAACCUUCGAGAGGCUGUUAAGCGUUUUUUUUUAAAGUAAUCGUUAAAACUCUGCCAGCUCUUAUAACGUUUUCAUUUAAUGCCCAACGUUUCAACAUGUCCUAAUAUAAAUUCUAGAGCUAGAAAACAGGAAAAAUAUUCGUCUAUCUCCUCCCGAAAGCUUCCAAUCUAAGUAAAUACGAUAUUCAAAGAAACCACUCAAUGUGUUGAGGGCUUACCAUAAACCUCAUCAUUAAAAUGGGAUUUUUUCUUAGGUUUUAUUUUUGACACUUAACCAGCAUUAUGGCAUUCGUGUCUAAUUAAAAUGGCAUGAAUAUAUACCGAAAGGUGCCUGAUCGAACAAUCUUUCCGCUCUCGGAUCGGAAUACUCCGGUAUAGCUUCCUGCGGAUUAGUGUUGGCAAACAGAAAUAGAAAAUUUAAUUAGCUAUACUGGAACCAACACGCUAAGCUACUGGUUCGACAGUGGAGUGGAUCUUCAAAGUAUCAAACGGGCUUGAAUUCGUUUUUUUAAAUCAAAUAUACAUUAGCAUAAAAAUUUUAAUAAAGAAAAAGUUUGAAUAAAAAAUUUUGAAAAUUUCUUUUCACACUGUUGAAGUUUUACAAUGUUGCCAGACAUGUUUUAAACUUUUUAAAACACAGAUGUGCAGGCUUAAAAAUUAUUAGUAGAGACUUACUGAAUCGAAUUAAUGAUUUGGAAUCUUUUAUUCAUACCGGUCUAAUACACAGACAGUCUACUGGCUUUGAAGUCCUACCAAUAUUUCGUUUGUCUUUCUCAAAAGCUAUCGAGCUAGCCGGAGUCGUUUACGAGAGCAAAAUCCUUUCCAAAUCGGAGGCUUUUCUUGCUUAUUUUCCGUUAAAGAUUUCCGUUUAAUUAAUGAAGCAACUUCUAUGGAGUAGAUUUGAGGAUUACUCCCCCGAUUGUUUGGCCGAUGUGGUUGUUGUUUGGAAUUUUGUUUAUUUUUAUUUUUGCAGGUUCUCGUCAAUCUCUUAUGACUGAAAAUUUCGAAUUUACAAAAAAGAGCAAAAUUAUUUAAUCGAACGUGGAUUAUACAGUUUAAUAGGACAUCCAAAACCUUAUUGCUGAAACUUGUUAUCAACUGUUUUAUUUUUUUCACUUUUUUAUAAAAAAUGGUGAACCACCCAAAAUUAGUUUUUCAAAUCUGCCCCCACCCACUUCACUUCUUCACAAAUCAUGUUAAAAUUUCAAAUAAAAAAAAUUGAAAGGAUCAUCUCUAUGCAACAAGGUUCUGCUUUGAUUCGAGCUAAAGUGAGAUUUAAGAAAAAUGCUGUAAAAAAACAUACACAAAUGUCAUGAAACCGAAACCUUAAUGAAUUAAGUGUAGGUUUAUGGUACUUUAUUGCCGUGUUGGUGAUUUUUCCGAAGAUCAAGUGUACUUGUAGUUUUGUAAGUUGUAAUGAAAGAACGUUAAGCCGGAAAUUGAGGUAGAAAGUAUGCGAAGAUUUGUAAAAUCAUCGAUACAGAAACGGAACAAGAGAAUGAAGAGAAUGAGAUAUGUUAUUCUUAUUCAUUAAGAUAAACACUAUUAUCCAUUAUUGAUUUCCAUGUUCAGAACACACCUUCACCGAAUGUGAAAUUGUACAGAAGAACCUGAGAGUUUAUUUUUCAUCCCAUCUGUGGUCCCGGUAGAGUUAAAGUAUGAGAAAAUUCACAAUUCACAUCCAUAUUUGUCGACAGAAAAUGAAGAGAUACUGGUGUCUGUAAAAAAUAAUGAUGUAAAACAAUUUACAACCGGGAAUUUUACUGUUACAUGAUGAAAGAGGCAUAGUUGUGAAAGUAUUCGGGAUGGUCAAACCCAACUUUUUGGACAUCUAAUGUGGGUAGAGAAUAGCUAAGUUUGUGAUAGUGAGAAAUAAAACCGUGAUAAUCGGCGCCCACCUUCAACCACUGUAUCCUUUCACGACUGUGCAGUUUCCGUUUCGUGUCAGUACACAAUAGACAAAUAAUCCAAUGUGAAAUACGAAGCAUUGAAUCCCAAAACACCCAAAAACAUACACACUACAUCCACCACGAAUACAUGGAAGGGCUCACCCUGUACGUGCUGAACGAAACUGUCCGUUUGUGUGUAUGUGUGAACUCGCGAACUAUACAGAAGGUUGCUAAAUCUGGUGAAUGAAAACGUAAGAAAAAAGAAAUAAAA